AUGGACAGCAACAGAGACUCCAGUUUCUUUAGGAUCAUGGACCCAGACAUGACACUCAGCUACACCUUUGGCCUGGAGUUCACCAUGGCCUUGGUUGGGGCUACCUUGUUCACCAAUUGGUGCAGUUGUGACCUGUGCAAUAAGGUGAUUGCUUCUCCAGGUGCAAUUGGAGCAGUUCCUCUGGUGGUCCCUGAUGUGGCAUGUGAUGACCGGGAUAUGGAGAGUUUGCUACAAGGUCUCUGGGACUUUAGUAGAAACAGCAGGAAGACCCUCACCACUGUCCAAGGGAUCGCUGAUGAUUACGAUAAAAAGAAACUAGUGAAGGCGUUUAAGAAGAAAUUUGCCUGCAAUGGUACUGUAAUUGAGCAUCCAGAAUAUGGAGAAGUAAUUCAGCUACAGGGUGACCAGCGCAAGAACAUAUGCCAGUUCCUAAUAGAGAUUGGACUGGCUAAGGACGAUCAGCUGAAGCAGGCGAGGAACACAAGAAAUCAGAGCAGUGCAUCUGAGUUCAUCCUCCUGGGACUCCCCAUCCAGCCAGAGGACCAAGACUUGUAUUCUGCACUGUUCCUGACCAUAUACCUGACCACAGUGGUGGGGAACCUGCUCAUCAUCCUGCUUAUUAGACUGGAUUCUCACCUCCACACCCCCAUGUACUUCUUCCUCAGCCACUUGGCCUUCACAGACAUCUCUUUCUCGUCAGUCACAGCUCCAAAGAUGCUCAUGAAUAUGCUGACACACAGUCAGUCCAUCUCAUAUGCUGAGUGCAUUUCCCAGGUGUACUUUUUCCUAUUUUUUGCAGAUCUUGACAGCUUCCUUCUGACCUCCAUGGCCUAUGACAGAUAUGUGGCCAUCUGCCAUCCCCUCCACUAUACCAGUAUCAUGAGUCAGAGUGUCUGUUUCUUACUGGUCAUUGCAUCCUGGUUGUUAUCCUUCGCUGGCGCCCUUGUUCACACCAUCCUUCUAGCUCGUCUCUCUUUCUUUAGAGAGAAAAGCAUGAUGAAGAAUAACCAGAGUAGCACAUCUGAGUUCAUCCUCCUGGGACUCCCCAUCCAGCCAGAGGACCAAGACAUUUACUCUGCCCUGUUUCUGAUCAUGUACCUGACCACAGUGCUGGGGAACCUGCUCAUCAUCCUGCUCAUCAGGCUGGACUCUCACCUCCACACCCCCAUGUACUUCUUCCUCAGCCACUUGGCCUUCACAGACAUCUCUUUCUCAUCAGUCACAGCUCCAAAGAUGCUCAUGAAUAUGCUGACACACAGUCAGUCCAUCUCAUAUGUUGGGUGUGUUUCCCAAGUGUGUUUUUUCUUAUUGUUUGGGUGUGUUGACAACUUCCUUCUGACCUCCAUGGCCUAUGACAGGUAUGUGGCCAUCUGUCACCCUCUGCACUACACCACCAUCAUGAGGCAGAGCCUCUGUGUCCUGCUAGUGAUAGUGUCCUGGGUAUUUUCCUCCACCAAUGGCCUUGUGCACACUCUUCUCUUUGCUCGUCUCUCUCUCUUUAGAGAUAACACUGUUCACCACUUCUUCUGUGAUCUUUCUGCUUUAAUUAAGCUGUCCAAUUCAGACACCUCUAUCAAUGAGCUGCUCAUUCUCACGUUAGCAGUGAUAGUUAUUACUGUGCCAUUCAUAUGCAUCCUGAUCUCUUAUGGUCACAUUGGAGCCACCAUUCUGAGGACUCCCUCUACCAAGGGAAUCUGCAAAGCCUUGUCCACAUGUGGUUCUCAUCUAUGUGUAGUUUCUUUGUACUAUGGAGCCAUUAUUGGGUUAUAUUUUUUCCCCUCCUCCAAUAAUACUAAUGAUAAGGAUAUCAUUGUAGCUGUGAUGUAUACUGUGGUCACACCCAUGCUGAAUCCCUUUAUCUAUAGCCUGAGGAAUCGGGACAUGAAAGGAGCACUGAGAAAUAUCCUCAACAGGAGAGUCUGUUCACAGUGA